CGUUUCGUUGAAUUCUGAUCCGUAAAUAAACAACUAGGUACUACGUAUUAAAUAAUAAGCAUACUGUCUCCCAAGCUGCUCAAACGCCCACCAGCUGUUCGACUUAAGUCCAUGCCACCAGUUACCUCAAGAAACCACAUCUACCAGUCCUUGCAAGAAUGCUCAUAAGAAUUUUACAUUGUCACAAAGUCCAUCCUCUGAGCCCUAGGUGCUUUACUUCUGCAACUCUUAAUGUACUUAUGUCUGGGGAUGUAUUGAGAAAAACAAGGGUUUAUACUGAGGAAGAUGUUCUCCAGUACUCCAAGGUGAGUUGUGAUUCUAAUCCUUUGCACACUGAUUCUGCUGCUGCCAAAGAUGUUGGAUUUGAAGGUCCACUGGUACAUGGGAUGCUUGUGGCUUCUCUCUUUCCUCAUAUCAUCUCAUCACAUUUUCCAGGAGCUGUGUAUGUAUCUCAAAGCUUGAAUUUUAAGUUCCCAGUGUAUAUUGGAGAUCAAAUUAUUGGUGAAGUGCAAGCAACUAAUCUGAGAGAAAAUAAAAAUCGAUAUUUUGCAAAGUUUAAGACAAGGUGCGUCAAGAAUGGUGACCUUCUUGUCAUUGAUGGUGAGGCUGUGGCUUUGUUACCAACCUUGACUGUAGAACAGAUUCAACACGAGAAGCGUGAUUGGGGGUUCUAAAUUGUGAUCCCCUCCCCUGAACACAAAGACAGACAGUUGACACCAAAAAGUUUUUGUUCUCUUUGUUAUUCUGAUGUUGUUGCUGAACAGUUAUGCUUGAUCUUUUUUGUGUGCCUUUUGAUCAUAUUACGCAAAGGGUCACUUGAUGCACUGAGCUCCGAAUCAAGGGAUAUCUUAUUGAUAAUUUUUUUGGCUUUUCCUGCCAUCUAAUACUAUUGGUUUUGGAGGAAAUGUUUAAUGUAUUAAUAAGUUAGAUUUACUUUGUUUCGUGCCGAUACGGUUUCUCUAUAUUUUGUAUUGGCAACUGCCUCGCAUGAAACCCAAAAAUAUGGUCCCUUAUUGA